AUGUUCAAAUCCACUGAAUUUCUAUUGCUACUAUUGGCUAGCUUUGCAUCUUCUGCUCCAUCUCAAAACUCAACAAGUGGAGAUGUGACUACAUGUCUGAAAGCAUUCUACAGAGCUGCGUAUAAUGGGGAUUACAACGGCACUGAAAGCUUUGAUUUUUUCAUGGUCAUACCAGAGCUUCAGCAAUUAGGAUUCACUCUUGCGAAAUCUUGUUUCCUGGAAAUCGCUAAAGAAGAGUGCUCUGUUUCUCAAUACAACUUACUUUCUACGAAAUAUCAACAAUUUUUGGAUGUUUUGACUACUCAACCGGCAGCUGGGACCUCUUGUUCUAACUUCUAUUUUAAAUACAACUCACUAAAGUGCCAACCAUUGAUAGAAGAUCUUGCACAGAAAGCUUUUGUGAUUUCCGAUCAUCAUCUGAAGCUGAAUGAUACAAAAAUAUUGGAUACUAUUGAUUUGUGCGCGAAAGUUGAGAUGUGCCUGGUACCCGAAUGUUAUCAUACAGAAAAAGCGAAGAAAGGGAUUCAUGACAGUUGCAAAGAAAUUGGAAUGCGGAACACGGAGUUUACUGCGUGUAUGCUGAAAAUCCAGAAGUUGCAACCAGAUUUUUCCGAGUACUCCUGUUUGGAUGAUCUCGAUUUCUCUAGCCCGAACGAGCAAGUUGUAAUCGAGUUAUUCACGACGAAGAAAGAUUGUUCUUAUAAAAUUAUGAAAGAAUUUUGUGGAGAAAAGGCUGUGCAGGAUUUCAAUUAUUAUGCAUCGCUGACCGUCAGAGUUAAUGUGAAAGCGUCUCAAGUGAAUAAUGUGUUCACAUUCACUCUCACAACAUAUCGAAUCAUGUAUAUUCUUCUACGUCUUAUUUUCACAUUCUUAUUAUUUCUUGGUCUUGCAUUCACUGCUCCAUCUCAAAACUCAACUAAUGCAGAUGUGACUUCAUGUUUAACAGAAUUCUAUAGAAUGGCUUAUACUGGGGAAUACAACUGUACAAAAAGUUUGGACUUAUUUUCGGAUAAUCAAGAGACUAAAAUUGCAAGUUUCAAAAAAGCGAAAUCUUGUUUUCUGGAAGUCGCCAAAGAAGAAUGUCCAAUUUCUCAGUACAACUUUUUAUCAACAAAGUAUGACAGCUUCCUGGAUAGUCUGAGUGCAACACCUCCGGCUGGUACAUCUUGUUCAGAUUUGUACUAUAAAUAUAACUCAGCAAAGUGUACAUCUUUAUACGAAGAAACUGGAAAAAAGAUGGUGCCGUUAGCAACAUUGGAUGUGAAAAUUAACGACACCAGAAUGUUGGAACUUCUCAGAUUGUGUGACAAAACGAUGGCAUGUUUGUCUCCGGAGUGCUACUAUCCAGAAGAGAAAGUGAAGUAUCUCCAUGACCGUUGUGAAGAAAUGGCCCUAAAGAAUACAGAGUUCGCAGCUUGCCUCAUUAAAAUCGACAAAUUGUCCCCAGAUUUUUCCGAAUAUCCUUGCCUAGACGGUCUUGAUUUCAAUAGCCAGAAUGAGGAAACACAAAUUGAGAUUUUGACAUUAAAGAAGAAAUGUGCGAAGACUAUAAUGGAAGACAUCUGUGGGGAGAGGGCGGUCGAAAACUUUGAUUACAAUACUGCACUGACAGUCAGGAUUUUCGUUAUGAACUCGCAAUUGAGAAAAGUUGUUUUUGAUAAUAGUAAUUCUAUUACUCAAAAAUCUGCCUACACUGCUGGAAAGUCAUGUUUUUUGGAGACUGUAAAGAAACUAUGCACCCAGGUUCAAGUGGAUGAACUCACCUCAGAAUAUGACUAUUUUGUGGAAGUUCUCACAGAUAGACCUUCUGAUGAAGAAGGUUGUGAUAGCCCGUAUUAUCAGUACAAUGGUCUUAAAUCGGCGUAUCAUAAAUCUUACAACUGCACGAGUGGUUUUGAGUAUUUGUCGAAUAAUUCUACCGUGCAAAAGAGUGCAUUCACAGAUGGGAAAUCUUGUUUUAUAGAGGUUGCGAAAGAUGUAUGUGCUCCUACCGACGUCGUGCAAAUCAAUGCGGAAUACAAUUCAUUCAUAGAAAUUCUCACAGAGAAAUCUUCGGAUGAAACGAAUUGUUCAGAACCAUAUUAUCAACACAGUGCUCUAAAAUGUUUCCCGGUUCUUCAAGAUAUGGCUGUGAAACUUAAAGAUGUAGUUGAUGUUCACACCGAAAUCAACGACACAAGAGUUCUGAAAUUGAUUAAUUUAUGCGAGCAAGCAACAGCUUGCAUAAAACAAACAUGUCUCAAGGAAACAGAGCAAACGCGGAUUAUAGAUACCUGUGCGAUGAUAAAAAUGAAAAACUCGGAGUUCAUUGCAUGCAACCAUAAAAUUCAAGAAAAACUAGCCGACUUGUCAAACCACACUUGUUUGGAUGACUUUGAUUUCAAUUUGGAAACGAAUGAACUGACAGUCGAAUUGUAUUCAAAGAAGAAGGAAUGCACUCUAGAAAUAAUGAGAGAUUCAUGUGGAGAAUCGGCUGUGGAUAACUUUGAUUAUUAUGCAGACCUUCUGGUAAAACAAUCUAAUCCUGUUCAGCAACUUGAUUAA